AUGGCUUUAGUCAUGGCUUUGGCUCAGAAAAAGGGUAAUUCUCAGAAAAAGCUAUCAGCCAUUCAAAUGGUAAAUUUGUUAAUGAAGUGUUUGGACCCGAAAAGCAUAUUUUCAGAGCUUGGGUUGGUAAUAGAGGAGAUGGAAAAGUGUCAGUCUGGUCAGAUGGCUUAUGUUAGAGGAGCUGCAUUUGAAGCACUGCAAACAGCAAGAAGACUAGCCACUGACAAAGGCUCAAAGUUUGAGAGUAAUAUGGGUUCAAUUACUGGGGCUAAUGUUGGCAGAAGAGGUAACAGUCGAAUGAGAAAUUUAUGGGGUAGUGAAGAUCAAUCACCACUUACUGCGUCACCUGAAUCGCAGACUGUUAAUUCAUUAGUUGGGUAUAAUUCUUUAAGUGAAUCACCAAUGUCAGGAAGUCAGACCUCUCCGGACUCGGAUUAUGACCAAGGAGUGUGA